UGAACACAGUCUACUCUAAACUUCAUCAAUCUCUUUCAAACAAAUACUCUUUCAUUCACUUACUGCUAUGAAUUUUGAGGACUCUUACGAGUGUUCCCUUUCGUCGCCUUCAUCUUCGUCUUACAGUACAGGUAUAUUUAGCUCAGAAUCAGAUUAUACUUCAUCAUCGUCGUCGUCUUCACUACUGAAAUUAGCGUCACAUAAGAAAACAUCAGGAAGAAAAAUAUUCAAAGAAACUAGACAUCCAAUUUACAGAGGAGUAAGAGCAAGAAAAAAUAAUAAAUGGGUCUGCGAAGUUAGAGAACUAAAUAGCAAAUCAAGAAUUUGGCUUGGAACCCAUUCUAGCGCUGAAAUUGCUGCCAGAGCUCAUGAUGUUGCGGCAAUAGCUCUGCGAGGAGAAUCGACUCCGUUAAAUUUCGAAGAUUCAUUGUGGUUGUUACCUCGUGCUAAGUCAUCAUCUGCUAAAGAUAUUCAAUUGGCUGCUGCCGAAGCUGUUCGUGCAUUUACAUUCCCUAAUUCUAACAAACCUUCUUCCGUUGCAAAAAAAUCAUUUAAAUCCGUUACAUCUAAAUUAUCCAAACAGAAGGUUGAAAUAGCCGAAGAAGUUUCAGCGACGUUUUUCGAUGAAGAAGCGUUGUAUUACAUGCCAGCUCUGAUUGCCAGCAUGGCGGAAGGAAUGUUGCUCGCUCCACCACAAGAGGGUUACUAUUACGACGACGACGUGGAGAGCAACGUGGACAGCAGUUUAUGGAGUGACUACUGAUUCAGCAUAGCCAUUUCUUGUGGAUGGGAUUAAAUGAAGUUUUAUUUGAUAUUUAAUCGUC